AUGUCUUCAGAUGUAGUUGGCAGAUGGACUGUAUCUCUGGCUGAUGGCAUCCACAAAGUAGAAUUUGAACAUGGAACUCUUUCUGGUAAACGAGUUAUCAGGGUGGAUGGAAAGGAGAUAUACCGCGUUGACUGGAUGUUUAAAUUGGUUGGAACAGAGUAUUUUAAUAUUGGGAAGGUGAAGUGUUCCAUAAAUAUUAAUGCCACAACUGGAUUUGCUUAUGAAUAUUCUCUGCUGGUUAAUGGACAAGUUUUUGAGAUUUUCACAGAGAAUCAACGCAAAAUACUCAAUACUUGGAUUGUCACGAUAGCUGGAAACCCGUUAAGAGUAGCUUUAGAGAAGGAUACUUUAGAUAUUUGGGUGAAUGGUGAAAAAGCAGAGACGACAGCAGAGUUUGUAGAAAAUGGUACCGAAACACAUUUUGAAAUCUGCCACCAUUCUGCCUAUAUCAAAGCUAGCAGCAGUGGCAACCGGAAAUCUGGAAUUGUUUACACCUUUAUUCUGUUGCAUAAUCUAUCUAUCUAUCUAUCUAUCUAUCUAUCUAUCUAUCUAUCUAUCUAUCUAUAUAUCCAGAGAACAAAACAGGCAUUACUGACUGGGGCAAUCUUUCCUAAUGUCUGCAGGUAUAGACCUUUCUGUUUAUAA